AUGCUCGACGCGUGCGUGCUCACACUUAAGAACUGGAGGCGUUGGAUCCGGCCCCUGGUGCUGACCCUCUACCUGCUGGGCGUGGUCGUGACCGUCCCCCUGGGUGUGUGGUACCUGCGGAAGCAGGAAGUCAGUGUCCACACCAAGGUGUGGUUCAUCGCCGGCAUCUUCGUGCUGUUCACCAUCCCCGUGACCCUCUGGGAGAUUCUGCAGCACCUGGUGCACUACACGAGGCCGGAGCUCCAGAGGCCCAUCAUGCGGAUCCUCUGGAUGGUGCCCGUGUACAGCAUCGACAGCUGGGUGGCUCUGAAGUAUCCGUCCAUCGCCAUCUACGUGGACACCUUCCGGGAGUGUUAUGAGGCGUAUGUCCUCUACAAUUUUAUGAGCUUCCUGUUCAACUACCUGAAGAGCCAGUACCCCAACCUGGACGCCAUGAUGGAGGCCAAGGAGAAGCAGCGGCCCCCGAUACCCUUCUGCUGGUGCCCUCCCUGCCCCAUGGGCGAGGUCUUGCUGUACCGGUGCAAGCUGGGCGUGCUGCAGUACAUCACCCUCAGGCUGAUCACCACCUACAUCGCUGUGAUGUGUGAGAUCUUCCAAGUCUACAACGAAGGGAUCUUCAACUGGAACAGGGCUUGGAUGUACCUGGUCAUCAUCAACAACCUGUCCCAGUUCUUUGCCAUGUAUAGCCUCCUGGUAUUCUAUAAAGCCCUGAAGGAGGAGCUGAGGCCCAUCCAGGCCAUGGGCAAGUUACUUUGCGUGAAGCUUGUGGUUUUUGUUACAUUCUGGCAAGCAGUGGUGAUUGCUUUGUUGGUGAAAUUUGGUGUGAUUUCCCAGGACUCCACCUGGGAGUGGCAGACAGCAGAGUCAGUGGCCACCGGGCUGCAGGACUUUAUCAUCUGCAUAGAAAUGUUCAUUGCUGCCAUCCUCCACCACUACACCUUCUCCUAUACCCCUUAUAUGGGAGAUGAACAACUGGGAACAUGCUUCUCGUUGUUCCUCGAGAUAUGGGAUAUCUCUGACAUCGGAAGUGACAUUACCAGGCAGGCUAAGAACAUUAAGAAAACUCUAGGGGGGAAACGAAAGAAGAAAAGUGUUCCAAAGAUCGAAGAUGUUCCUGAGCAAUUCAACCUGUUGUCUUCAUCAUCAGACACACAGUCGGCCGCUUCUUCCACCUCAUGGCCGCACAUUGGCAGUCAUCAAGAAGAGCUUGGAGACACAGCCAUACCACAGAAUGCGCCUUGUACAGUUAUACAGAUGCCUGAAGACCUGUAA